GACGGUCCACAGCUCUGAGUCACGUGCAAGUGGGAAGUCGCGUUGACACCGAGCCCGGCCAGACGGAGCCAAGCCGAACGCGGCGCGGGGCUCGGGGACUCGCUGGGCGUGCCGAGCGCGGGCCCCCCGGGGACGCGGGCUGCUCUCCUGGCCUGAGCCCGCCCGCCCGCUGCCCCGCCCCGGCCGCCCGGUCCUUCUCCGCCCGCCUGCCUCCCUAGGACCUCGGGCCACUAGCCGAGGAGGAAGCAUGCUGGCCGUCCGCUGCCUGCUGCUCACCGCCCUGCUGGCCGCGCCCCGGGCGACAGCGGGCCCAGGGAACUGCCCGGUGCUGGAGGGGGGCAAAGAUCUGAUUGUCAGCAGCCCUGGGGCCCGCAUUAACCUGACCUGCCCGGUGGAGAGCACGGAAACCGCGGUUCUCUGGUCGUUCGACAGUCCCUACCCGGUCUUGCCCUACAAUGGACUGACUAUCUCGGGAAAUAAGUUUGUCCUGAAGUCCGUGCUGCCCAACAACGCUGGAAACUAUUCGUGCUACCACAAGAGCAAGCUAGUUGCGACUCUGCAUCUGCUGGUGGAAGCUCCUCCCGAGGAGCCCAAGCUCACCUGCUUCCGGAACAGCCCCAUCAGCAAAGUCAACUGUGAGUGGAGCCCCAGCAGUGCCCCCUCGCCUUCCACCAAGGCCGUGUUAUUGGUGACGAAGCUCCAGAGCCCCCCUGUGAAGAACUACUCCCAGGAGCCGUGCCGGUAUUCUCAGGAGUCCAAGAAGUUUUCCUGCCAGUUGAAGGUCCCAGAGGGGGACAACUCUUACUACAUAGUGUCCCUGUGUGUCGCCAACCAUGUUGGGAGCAAGACCAGCAAACCCCAAGCAUUUCAGGGUUACGAAAUACUGCAACCCGAUCCGCCCUCCAAUAUCAAGGUCACCCUCGUGGACAAAAACCCCCACUGGCUCAGUGUCACCUGGCAAGACCCCCCCUCCUGGAACUCCUUUUUCUACAGGCUGCAGUUUGAGCUCCGAUAUCGGCCUGAAAAGUCAAAGACAUUCACAACCUUGUUGGUCGCGGAUCCUCUCCACCACUGGACCAUCCACGACGCCCUGAGCGGCACGAAGCACGUGGUGCAGCUUCGGGCCCAGGAGGAGUUUGGGCAUGGUCAGUGGAGCCAGUGGAGCCAGGAAGUCACAGGCACCCCCUGGACAGAAUCCAGCAGUCCUCCAGCUGAGACCACGGUGGAGGUGUUCCCCACUGUGCAGGCACUUAAUACAAAUGAAGCCUAUGAAAGCCCUCUCUUUAAUGAAUCUACAAAUGCAACAAGCAUCCCAGUGUCAGCUCCUUCCCUGGUACCACUGUACACCUUCCUGGUGGCUGGAGGAAGCCUGGCUUUUGGAACGUCCCUCUGUGUUGGCAUCAUCCUGAGGUUCAAGAAGCUGUGGAAGCUGCAGGCUCUGAAAGAAGGCGGGGCAAGCAUGCACGCGCCCUACUCCCUGGGUCAGCUGGUCCCCGAGAGGCCCAAGCCCACCCCAGUGCUGGUCCCGCUCAUCUCCCCGCCAGUGUCUCCCAGCAGCCUCGGGUCGGACAACACAUUGAGGCACAGCCAACCAGAUGCCAGGGGCCCCCAGAGCCCUUAUGACAUCAGCAACAGAGAUUACUUCUUCCCCAGAUAGCCGGCCAGUGGCACCGGGCCGGCGGGGGGUGUCAGACCUGCUUAACUGUGUGAGGGACGCGAGCUGGAUUCUCACUGCCAUUCUGGCUCAUCUCAGGUGCGUGGCGCCUCACCGAAGGCUCCACGCGGGCUGGGCCUGUUCAGAAGGAAGAGGUGGUGGCGUCCUUGAACCAGCCUCCCCCAAACGCCCUGCUUCAGCGGGUAGAAGGAACUCGGGUCCCGAGCGGGGAGCGGCUGUGGAGGCCUCGGACACCCCCGGCUUGGUGGGGACACAUCUCUACCAGCUGCUCCCUCAGGAGCUGGGAUGGAUUUCCAGCCAAAGACCUCCCGUCGCCUAUCUCCUGGCCGUCAGCACAGUGUCACCUCUUAGCUCAGACUCUUGAAACCCAAGUGCCUGCACAAUCCAGCUGUUCUAGGCCCAAGGGCAGCUUUUCUUCAGCACCCAGACUGAAACCCCAGGCUCUCACUGCCUUUGUUUGCCACCCUUGAACAUCAGCUGCAGGGGGGCGGGUGAAUAGUAUAUCUCAGGACCUGCUGGUUUGAAGUGGAAUUGUAAUUAGUUCCUCAUUAACCUGUUGUUAAAAUGUGAAUGUUAACCUUAGGCGCCUGCUGAAUGAACCCUGGAGCCACGGAUCCCACGAGAGGAAGGAGGGGUGUGGAGACGGUCUCCACGUUCGUGUAACCGGGCUAAGGGGGACAAAGCCUCUGAAAAACAAUAUUCUCCAUGUCCCCCCACCCCCAAAAGGAGACCUGGCUUGGGAAGGGCCCCCGCCACUGGUGAGAUCAAAAUGUUUCACUCCGGGUUUGUUUAUUUGGUUUUCACCUGAGCCUGAGAAACUAGGGGAGAUAAUAUUUAUGUGAAAAGACAAAAGAACCCGGCAAGAAUGUAUUUUAAUUUGGUUUUUAAAGAACUGCUGGCUUUUAUCUUGAGAGGGUGGGUGACCCCAGUAUUAGCCGAGAAGUCAGUAUAUAAAUAACGGGGUGGGAGGGGACGGAGCACAAUCGCUUUGGCACAAGCUGAGUCAAGUGAAAAAGAAGAAGAAAAAAUUUUCCCCGGUUAGAGAAGAGAUUCUGGCUUCAUUCUAAAUUUUGUUUUUGUCUUAAGAAGUGAAAAAACUGUCUGCUGCUUCUCUAAUUUAGGGGAAAAGCAGCUUGUCAUGACUCCCUCCAGACGGUUGUGAAGGAAAUGGUGCCCAGCUCCCAGUGGUGACGCUGGAAAGCAGACCUCCCACGACUACCAAGCAGGGUCAGCUGAAAAUCCCCACCCUGACAGCUCGGUUAUCAGAGGGAGUACAUAAAAAAAAAA